AUGACCGAGCUCCCCUUGCCCAGCUACCUGCUGGCGUCCUCGGUGGGGCUGCUGCCCACCCAGCUCCUGAACUCCUACCUGGGCACCACUCUGCGGACCAUGGAAGACGUCAUUGCCGAGCAGACUGUGAGCGGAUACGUAGUUUUUUGUUUCCAGGUCAUCCUCAGCGUCGGCCUCAUGUUCUACGUGGUCCAUCGCGCGCAAGGGGAGCUGAAGGCGGCGCUGGGCGCCUGUGAGGUGGAGCUGGACGCUCCGCUGGUGAGCGGUGGGCAGCCGGACGGCGGCAUCGACGUCGUGUGA